CUUUGGAGUAACGUGUGAAGGUUUUUACGUUCUCACCAGGAGAGAUUACGAUCUUAUCUUAUGUUUUUCUUCGCAUUUAAAUGACCGCAUCUUAACGAAACACUCUUCAAGUUUACACAAUGUUUGUUUAAACAAGGCAAAAGAUAAUGAAAAAUUAGGCUAUUUUUACACAAGCUCUUGGAUAAAUACAUACCAACAGAGAAAGAAAGAGUAAAUCUGACACUAAAAGUGUACAUGUAUCUUUAAGUAGAAGCGAAGAGGCGUUUGAAAACUUGAAACGGCGUCUUACUAUUUUCGUUUAUUCUUUGACAGUGAUAAAAACAAGAUGGGAAAGCAAAACAGCAAGUUGAAGCCAAGAGCUAUUGCUGAUUUGAGAGAUAAAACCGAACUUAGUGAGCUGGAGCUACAGGAAUUCUACAAAGCUUUUCUAAAAGAUUAUCCAGAUGGCACGCUGACUUUCCCACAGUUUAAAGUUAUUUUCCAUCAAUACUUUCCAAACGGAGAUGCCGAGCAAUUUGCAGAACAAGUGUUUAAAACAUUUGACGAAAAUGGAGAUGGUUAUAUUGAUUUCCGUGAGUUUAUUUGCGGACUAAGUGUCACAAGAAAAGGAUCGAUCGAAGCCAAAUUAAGAUGGGCUUUUUCAAUGUACGAUUUGGAUAAAAACGGAUCCAUAUCAAAAGAGGAAAUGCAUGAGAUAGUCGGAGCAAUCUACAAGAUGGUUGGAAACAGCAUCGAUGUACCAGAGGACGAGUCAACGCCAGAAAAAAGAGUAGAAAAAAUAUUUGCCAAUCUUGAUUCUGAUUUAGAUGGCACGUUAUCAUUGGAGGAAUUUAUAGAGGGCGCGAAAAACGAUUCGUCGAUUGCCAAAUUAUUACAGGGUGAUAACAUUUAACAUAAUUGGAUUAUAAAUUUCAUUUGUGCAUAG